CGCGCGCGUCGGUCGGGUGCGCCGCGCGGCGGGCUCGCUGCCGGCGGCGGGGGCAGUGUGGUGCGGCCGGUGCCACGCGAGGGUCGGAUCCAGCGGCAGGUGGCGGUGCCGAGUGGGUAAGCUGGCGGUCGGCCGGCCGGAUGAUGCGGCGGCUGGCUGCAGCAGCUCCGACCGGGCUCUGGCUCCUGGCUACCGUCCUGGUCGGAGCCGCGCUGGCGCAGCAUUCGGUGCUACUCGACGGCGAGCUCAUCCUGGGCGGCCUGUUUCCCGUGCACGAGCGCGGCGAGCACGCGCCGUGCGGACCGAAACUCUACAACCGCGGCCUGCAGCGGCUCGAGGCCAUGCUGUUCGCCGUGGACCGCAUCAACAGCGACGACUCGCUGCUGCCUGACAUACCGAUCGGCGUCAACAUACUGGACACGUGCAGCACGGACACGUACGCGCUCAACCAGUCGCUCGAGUUCAUCCGCACCUCGCUGGACGUGAUGGACACGGUGUCGUUUGAGUGCGCCGACCUCUCAACGCCGCAGCCAAAGUACCGCAGCAAGCCGGUCAGCGGCGUGGUGGGCGCCUCCUACAGCACCAUCUCCAUCAACGCCGCCAACCUGUUCAGGCUGUUCCGCAUCCCGCAGAUUUCACCCGCCUCCACGGCGCAGAGCCUCAGCGACAAGUCGCGCUUCGAGUUCUUCGCGAGGACGGUGCCGCCGGACACGUUCCAGGCCACGGCGCUGGUGGACGUGGUGCAGCUCUUCAACUGGUCCUACGUCAGCACCGUGGCGUCUGAAGGAUCGUACGGCGAGAGCGGCAUCGACGCCUUCCAGCGUCAGGCCGUCGAGAGGAACAUAUGCAUCGCGGUGCUGGAGAAGGUGCCACGCGACGCCGUCGCCAAACACUUCGAGGCCAUCAUCCUGAGUCUGAAGAAGAAGCCGAUGGCCAGGGCGGUGGUCCUCUUUGUACGGGCGGAGGAUGCGAGGGGGAUUCUCAUGGCCGCCAAGAGGAUGAUGCUAUCGGAGCGUUUCUUCUGGAUCGCCAGCGACGGCUGGGGCAAGCAGGACAACCUGGUGCAGGGCCUGGAGGACGUGGCUCAGGGCGCCAUCACCGUUGAACUGUCCUCCAAACACAUUCCCGAGUUUGACAACUACAUGGCGUCGCUGACGCCGUUCAACAACCGGCGCAACCCGUGGUUCAAGGAGUACUGGGAGACGCUGUUUCAGUGCGAGCUGGACGUGUCGGCUGAGGUGCCGUGCGAUCCUAAGUUGCGCCUGCUGCCAAAGUACGGGUUUGUGCAGGAGUCCAAGGUGCAGUUUGUGAUUGACGCUGUGUAUGCGUACGCGCACGCCCUGCAAAGUUUGCACCGCGACGUCUGCCCCGGACACAGAGACGUGUGCAUGGCGAUGAGGAAGUACGACGGAGGACAGUUCUACAACAACUACAUACUCAACGUGUCAUUCACUGACAUGGCUGACAGCAAAGUGAUGUUCGAUGAGCGUGGAGAUGGCCUGGCUCGCUACACCAUCUUCAAUUAUCAGCGUAGCAGGGACGGCCAAGGCGCUUAUACGGUGAUCGGCAGCUGGGACGGCGGCCUGCACCUGGAUCCGGCUGACGUGCAGUGGCACGGGGCCGACGAGCCGCAGACCACCCCACUUUCUGUCUGCGCUCUGCCCUGCCGCGUCGGCGAGGUCAAACGUAUGCAGCAGGGAGACACCUGCUGCUGGAUCUGUGACCGGUGCGAGCCGUACGAGUACGUGCUGGACGAGCACACGUGCCGGGACUGCGGCCACGGCAGCUGGCCGUACGAUGACAAGCUCUCCUGCUACCAGCUGGAGGUGCAGUAUAUGAAGUGGAGCUCGCCUCUCUCUGUCGGCCCCAUCGUCAUCGCCGUGCUAGGGAUUCUGCUGACGCUGCUAGUGAUAGCGCUGUUCCUGCGGCACGACGACACACCGAUCGUGAAGGCGUCUGGCCGCGAGCUGAGCUACAUGCUGCUGGCCGGCAUCCUCAUCUGCUACCUCAACACGUUCCUGCUGCUCACCAAACCGAGCGCCGUGGCGUGCGCCCUGCAGCGCGUCGGCAUCGGGCUGGGCUUCUCGUUCAUCUACGGCGCUCUCUUUACCAAGACCAACCGAAUCUCCCGCAUCUUCUACUCGGCGUCGCGCUCGGCGAAGCGACCGAGCUGUAUCAGCCCGCGGUCUCAGAUUGUGAUCGCCACGCUGCUUAUCAGCGUCCAGCUGCUGGGUACGCUGGCCUGGUUGGUGGUGGAGCCUCCCGGCGUGCGCUCCUACUAUCCGGACCGCAGCGAGGUCAUCCUCAAGUGCCGCAUCAAGGACUCGUCGUUCCUGGUGUCGCUCGUCUACAACAUGGUGCUGAUCGUCGUGUGCACCGUGUACGCCGUCAAGGCGCGCAAGGUGCCCGAGAACUUCAACGAGACCAAGUUUAUCGCCUUCACCAUGUACACGACAUGCAUCAUCUGGCUGGCGUUCGUGCCCAUCUACUUCGGCACGGGGAACUCGUUCGAGGUUCAAAUCACCACGCUUUGCGUGGCCAUCAGUUUGUCGGCGUCGGUGGCUCUCAUCUGCCUGUACGCGCCAAAGAUAUACAUCAUCGUCUUCCACCCGGAGAAGAACGUGCGGAAGUUGACGAUGAACAGCGCCACGUACCGGAGGGCGCUCACCAGCUCGACGGCGCAGUCCAUCAACCACGCGCUGGUGCUCACCGACCUGGGCAAGCUGCAGAUCUCGGCUGGCGGCUCCCAGAUCACCACUGCGUCCGCCGUGGUGGAGGACUCGGUCGACCACAGCCCGCGGCCGGCAAACACGGCCGUCUCAUGAGAUGAGGCGGCGCCGGCCGGCGGCGCCGAACCGGACAGCUCGCCGCGCGGGUCCUCUCCGCGUGUAUCCUCUCCGCGCCGACCUCCGCCGGUGCACAUCGUGGAGAACCCGCUGCGGCCGAGCUCGCGCUCCCCGAGCCCAGCCAUCGCCAUCGACGAGACGGUGCGCUGCGGCGCGGCCGGCGACUGCGACCGCUACCUGCCGCCGGCAUCCCCCCGCGCCGUGCGCUUCUACGGCGAUCCCAUGCCGUCGGCGCCGCAGGCUCCGCUCGCCUGCUCCGAGCCCGGGCUGGAAAUCCGGCUCGAAGCGCGGCUCGAGACGCGGCUCGAGACGCGGCUCGAUGGACGGCUAGAUAACCACAAGGACGGUCUGCCGAGUUACGAGUCGGCGGCGCGCCGCUCAGGUCAGUGGUCCGAGGCGCGGUGUGACAGUACAGUGUCCGGCGCGUCGUCGGGCGCCCCCGACUGGCGAGACGUGGCCGCCGACCGCGCGGAGGACGCGGUGCUCAAAGACUGGUCCGGCGAACUGGAGAGGGCCGGCGAGAAACAGGACGAGUGGCAGGACGAGGGUGAGUCGAUUGUAGCCAACUGUAGCGACUCACCAUUGUCCAACUGUUUGGACUCACCCGAGCUGGUGCCGCGUAUUGGCUUCCAUAACGAUGUGAAGGAGUGUGCCAUAUGAGCAGCGGGCGCCGUAUGGCCAAGCUGUGGAUACAUGCGGGUGACGACUGUGUGUGGGUUUCUGAAUUCGGAAGCACUGUUGAGCUGCGUGUGAGAGCAUUUUCAACUCGCCUGCUGCUGGUUUUACGACGACUACUGCCGGUUAUAUCGGCAUCUGUUUGCCGUUUCGUUGUUUCUCCCGGCGCCCCGAUGCGACAGGCGCUCUGCCAGACAGCCCGGGGGACGGACCGGUGACCGUCGGUCGCGCCGAUCACCCCUGGGCUGUCCCUGAGCCCCGCGGGCCCUGUCGCCUCGGAGCACUCCCCUCCCUCCUCCCUUAACCCCACCCGGCAGACAGUCGGUGAUCUGUAGCCGAGAGUUCCCGGACACGGGGCCCAUUCUUCCCCAUAUUUUUCCAGCUCACGUCGUCUGCUGAAUCCGGUAGCGGCGUGACAUUACGUUAUGUCCGUCCUCUGUAUUUUUCUGGAGUUGCGUCAGCAACAACCAAGCUGUAGUUCCCGCAAUCGGGAGAAACUUCUAUGAAUUUUAUUGCAGGGGUUUGUGCGAGAAUGCCAGCUAGUCAUAUUUCAGCCUCUGAUUUCACAUUGUGUGAUAAAUGAUGUGUGUUGUAAUGUUGAUUACACAAAGCGCUCAUUUCUGUAACUGUGUAACUUAUAACUUGUCGUCAAUACUCAAUACUUGUGCUGAAUGCGACAGGAACGAGGAUGCGGAAUCAAAAAGGACAAACAGCUUCGGAUGACGAGUUCUGCAUCCCGAUAAAAGCGACGCAAUCAGCCCUGUCGCAAUUGUGUUGGUGCUUUGAAGAUCUGAGCGAGUCUUCUUGUUCAAACAUUGGCGUGAAUGUGUAAUUCGCGGUGGCAUUGAUGACGUGGGUUACUGUGAUUGGUUAUUACUGAGUGAGGGAGCGCGCAGUUUGCUGAGUGGGUCGAACACAAUGUCGCAUGUCAUGUGGCAGAGCCGUACCUAAUGUGACAUCAGUGUCAAAUCAAUCACGGUGACAGAUUUUAGAUUGGCUGCAUUCGUUACCAGCGGCACGGGGGAAUUAUGGAAUGAUUGAUGAACAUUCCAUGUGUUACGGAAUGGUUGUAAUGUGUACUGUUCUCAACAUCAGUGUAAUAUAAUUGUUCCACAACAAAUAUAAAUAGAAAUAUCUCAACGUCGA